AUGCCUUUGAAAGCAUUUGAUACCUUCAAAGAAAAAAUUCUGAAACCUGGAAAGGAAGGAGUGAAGAACGCCGUGGGAGAUUCACUGGGGAUUUUACGAAGAAAAAUUGAUGGGACGAAUGAGGAAGAAGAUAACACUGAGCUGAAUGAAGAAGGAAGGCCAGUGCAGACUUCCAGGCAGGGCCCCCCCCUCUGCAGCUGCCACUGCUGUGGCCUUCCCAAGCGCUACCUCAUUGCCAUUAUGAGUGGGCUGGGCUUCUGCAUUUCCUUUGGGAUUCGGUGCAAUCUUGGAGUAGCCAUCGUGGAAAUGGUCAACAACAGCACUGUAUAUGUUGAUGGAAAACCAGAAAUUCAGACAGCACAGUUUAACUGGGAUCCAGAGACAGUGGGCCUUAUCCAUGGAUCUUUUUUCUGGGGUUAUAUUGUGACACAAAUUCCAGGUGGUUUCAUUUCAAAUAAGUUUGCUGCUAACAGGGUCUUUGGAGCCGCCAUCUUCUUAACAUCAACCUUGAACAUGUUCAUCCCUUCUGCGGCCAGAGUGCAUUACGGCUGUGUCAUGUGUGUCAGAAUCUUGCAAGGUCUAGUGGAGGGUGUGACCUACCCUGCCUGCCAUGGGAUGUGGAGUAAGUGGGCACCACCUUUGGAGAGAAGCCGACUGGCCACAACCUCUUUUUGUGGUUCCUAUGCGGGGGCAGUGAUAGCCAUGCCUCUGGCUGGGGUCUUGGUACAGUACAUUGGAUGGGCCUCUGUCUUUUACAUUUAUGGCAUGUUUGGGAUUAUUUGGUACACGUUUUGGCUAUUGCAGGCCUAUGAGUGCCCAGCUGCUCACCCGACAAUAUCCAGUGAGGAGAGGACUUACAUAGAGACAAGUAUAGGAGAAGGAGCCAACGUGAUUAGCCUCAGUAAAUUUAACACACCGUGGAAAAGGUUUUUCACAUCAUUGCCGGUUUAUGCAAUCAUUGUGGCAAAUUUUUGCAGAAGCUGGACUUUUUAUUUGCUGUUAAUAAGUCAGCCUGCUUACUUCGAAGAGGUCUUUGGAUUUGCAAUAAGUAAGGUGGGUCUCCUGUCAGCAGUCCCACACAUGGUUAUGACCAUCAUUGUACCUAUUGGAGGACAACUGGCUGAUUAUUUAAGAAGCAGAAAAAUUUUGACCACAACGGCUGUCAGAAAAAUCAUGAAUUGUGGAGGUUUUGGCAUGGAAGCAACCUUACUCCUGGUGGUUGGCUUUUCCCAUACCAAAGGGGUGGCCAUCUCCUUUCUGGUGCUUGCUGUAGGAUUUAGCGGCUUUGCUAUUUCAGGUUUUAACGUCAACCAUCUGGACAUUGCCCCCCGCUAUGCCAGCAUUCUCAUGGGGAUCUCAAAUGGAGUGGGGACCCUUUCUGGAAUGGUCUGUCCCCUCAUUGUCGGUGCAAUGACCAAGCACAAGACCCGUGAGGAAUGGCAGAAUGUGUUCCUUAUAGCUGCCCUGGUGCACUACAGUGGUGUGAUCUUCUAUGGAGUCUUUGCUUCGGGGGAGAAGCAGGAGUGGGCUGACCCUGAGAAUCUCUCUGAGGAGAAGUGUGGAAUCAUUGACCAAGAUGAAUUAGCGGAGGAGACAGAACUCAACCACGAGAGUUUUGCAAGUCCCCAAAAGAAGAUGUCUUAUGGUGCCACCUCCCAGAAUUGUGAAGUCCAGAAGAAGAAAUGGAGAGGACAGAGGGGAGUGACCCUCGAUGAGGAAGAGCUGACAUCCUACCAGAAUGAAGAGGGAAACUUCUCAGAUACAGCCUAA